AUAUACUGAAGUCAUACAGGAACACAUAAAAUAAUUAAAUUAUUAUUUAAAUAUAUUUUUCAAAAGCAAUAUUCACUUCUAUAGGGGUAGAAUAUUUUGUGAACGCAUCUUUAAUUACAGCCUACAGUGUGCCUCAAAUCACUCAAGACACACGCACGUAUUAUCGGCGAACUCUUCCAGUAGGGGGCGCUAUUGUAAUGAAGGGACCUACAGUUCAGAAGAUUUACAGUUAAGAGUGCAUUUACUAGCGCUUCUGUACAAGAUCAGAUUAUUUGCUCGUCACGUCAAAUACUUCAUAUCAGUGCAUUUUGUUUUUCACCUGCGGCUUACAGCCGACACUGCACGAGAGCUCUUUUGGUUCCUAACUACAAGAAUUAUAUCUGAGUGAUCGAUUGGUUGGAUGCUUGGGGGGAAAAAAAAUUAGCCUCUGGAUUUCAAUGCUAUGCUUUUAAUGGAAGGAUACUGUUACAGAAGAAAUAAUGGGCUGCGGUCAGCAGAUGAACAUCAUUAUGCUGUUGAAGCCAAGAAAAUUAAACAACAUACUUAAUAAGAGAAAAGAACAUCAAUAAAUGCUGGAACUGUACAGUUUUUUUCAUAUAAAAUCUUUUGAAUAUCAAACAGAUUCUAUUCUGCUUUUCUAUUCUGCUCACCAAUUUGAUUUCAGCCAGUUUCUUCACAUCUUGUAUUUAAAUUCUCACACCAAGAGGACGGAUCAUGCAAGAAAAUGUGAGCUCCAGAAUGGACACCCCCACAAACAUCUCCCUGGUGGGGACCGGGGACUCUGUGUCUGAGUCCCUAGAGUAUAAGAUGGUAUCUGUGUUCCUGGUGCUGCUGGUGUGUGGUGUGGGCAUUGUGGGAAACAUCAUGGUCGUGCUGGUGGUUCUUACCACACGUCACAUGCGUACACCCACCAACUGCUAUCUGGUGAGCUUGGCCGUGGCGGACCUGAUGGUCCUGGUGGCCGCGGGUCUGCCGAACAUAUCUGAGAGCUUGAUGGCCACCUGGGUGUAUGGGCAUGCUGGGUGCCUGGGUAUCACCUACUUUCAGUACCUUGGUAUUAAUGUGUCCUCCUGUUCGAUUACAGCCUUCACUGUGGAGAGGUACAUCGCUAUUUGUCACCCAAUGAGGGCACAAACGGUCUGUACGGUCUCCCGAGCCAAACGCAUCAUUGCCGGGGUGUGGGCUUUCACCUGUGUAUACUGUAUGCUCUGGCUGUUCCUGGUGGACAUCCAGGUGAACCCUGAUGGUCGUGUUCAGUGCGGCUACCGCGUCUCUCGAGACCUCUACCUGCCCAUCUACCUGAUCGACUUUGCCAUCUUCUAUGUGAUCCCACUGCUUCUGGCCAUCGCUCUUUACGGUCUCAUCGCUCGAAUCCUUUACCUGAAUCCUCUGCCCCACCCACCAGACUCGGGUACCAUAACCGCCCCCACUCUCAGGAGGAGCUGCAAAGAACCAGCGGACGCCAGUAAAGUGGGUCGUCAGGGACGCCCGAAGAGCAUGCUUUCUUCCCGGAAACAGGUCACUAAGAUGCUUGCAGUGGUGGUUGUGCUCUUCGCCCUGCUGUGGAUGCCAUAUAGGACCCUGGUUCUCAUUAACUCCUUUGUGAGCACACCAUACCUUGAUGCCUGGUUCCUACUCUUCUGCAGAACCUGCAUUUAUGCCAACAGUGCAAUCAACCCUGUCGUUUACAACCUGAUGUCCCAAAAGUUUCGCUCAGCCUUCCGUGGACUGUACCGCUGCCAUAGGAAAGACGUGCACCAGCGAACUCUCACAACGCUGCAAAGCGGAUACAGCCUUGGAAGGGACCCCCGACUUUGCAGCAACACCAACGGCACACCUAAGAAAAUCGGUUUAGUCACUCCUGAGCAGAAAUCAAACAAAGGCAUGGAGAAGCGCAAGGAAAAUAUGAACAAGCUAAUUAGUGAUGGUGUAAAAAAUGAGACUGAGCCAAGCUUCAAGAGACAUGCAAUUGAAAACUGCAACAUAGAUGAAUUGAAAAGCUCAGCUGACAAGGAGAUACCUACAGUGGAGAACGUGGACAUGAGCAAGAUUAAUGAUAAUGGGAAAAUAAUAGAGGAAAGUGAUAAUACAGCUCAGGAUAUUAUCGCUGACAUGAGCAACACAGAGGAGACACAGCCAGCCGCCGGUGAAUUUAAAUCUACUCUGGGAGAAGCUGAAACAGAAUGACACAGAG